AUGGACCUUCUCAAGUCUCGCUUCGAUCAUACCGCACCCACGGAAGGUCAUACUCAGCGCUCACCCCCAAGAAGAAGAAUAAUUGUUGCCCUCACUGGCGCAACAGGUUCUAUUCUAGGGAUCAAAGUCCUCAUUGCACUGCGGCAGCUGAAUGUGGAAACCCAUCUGGUGGUCAGCAAAUGGGCCGAGGCGACUACAAAAUAUGAAACCGACUACACCAUUUCGAAUAUCCGAGCACUUGCAGACCACGUAUACAGCACCAAUGACAUGGCUGCACCAAUAGCCAGUGGAUCAUUUCGAGUUGACGGCAUGAUCGUCGUCCCUUGUAGUGUCAAAACAUUGGCAUCAAUCAGCUCGGGGAUCUGCGAUGAUCUCAUUUCCCGGGCAGCAGAUGUCAUCCUCAAGGAGCGACGCAAGCUUGUGUUAGCCGUGAGAGAAACUCCUCUGAGCUCUAUCCACCUGCGCAAUAUGACCACUGUAACAGAAGCUGGCGCUGUCAUCUUUCCUCCGGUGCCAGCUUAUUAUAUCAAGCCCUCAUCGAUAGAUGACUUGAUUGACCACAGUGUUGGAAGGAUGUUGGAUCUGUUUGAUCUGGAUACAGCGGGAUUUGAGAGAUGGACGGGGUGGAAGAAAGAGUGA